AUGAACCUUUUCAGAAACCUGGGGACGUCCAUAAAACGAAUCCCGGCGCUUUCAGGGUUCCAGAAUGCCCGGAUGCUGACCACGGGCUUGCGUUUGGCUCAAAUGGAAACCAAAGAGGAACCCACGCCAGUUAGCGCAAGGAUGCUCAAAAUUGUUCCUAACGACACCGACAUGGUAACGCUGGAGAAACAAGAUGCCUUGAUCAAGAGAAGACGGAAACUUUCGAAGGAAAUCGUGAAACUAAAAAAGCUUAAACCGGUGUCUCCUGGUCUAAGAUGGUACAGAGCACCAAUCUAUCCGUACCUACACAACGGACGUCCGAUCAGAACCCUUACAGUGGCCAAGAGAUCUAAUGGUGGUAGAAACCAUUCUGGCCGUAUAACAGUGCGCCAUCGCGGUGGUGGUCACAAGCGUAGAAUUCGUUUGGUUGAUUUCACCCGUUUUACCGCAGGCGAGCAAAUCGUGCAAAGAAUCGAAUACGAUCCAGGUAGAACCGCCCACAUUGCUCUUUUGAAGCAUUCUCAGACCGGAGAGCUCAGUUACAUACUUGCUUGUGACGGUUUGAGAGCUGGUGACACGGUGGAAUCGUACAGAAGAGGUGUUCCUGAGAAUCUAAUCAAAGAAAUGGGUGGCAGAAUUGAUCCUGCUAUUCUCAGUGUUCGUACGGCUCAGAGAGGUAACUGUUUGCCAAUAUCAAUGAUUCCAGUCGGCGCCAUCAUCCACAACGUUGGUGUCACACCCAUAGGGCCUGGUAAAUUUUGCCGUGCAGCAGGUGCAUACGCGCGUGUAAUUUCAAAACUGCCCGAAAAGAAAAAAGCCAUCAUUCGUCUACAAAGUGGAGAACAGCGUUUGGUGGCAUUGGAAGCAUGUGCAACACUGGGUGUUGUUUCGAAUAUAGACCAUCAAAACUUGUCCCUGGGUAAGGCUGGUAGAUCAAGAUGGAGAGGUAUCAGACCCACCGUUCGUGGUGUUGCCAUGAACAAAUGUGAUCAUCCUCACGGUGGUGGUAGAGGUAAAUCCAAGUCUAAAAAACUUUCGGUCUCCCCUUGGGGCCAGCUAGCAAAGGGUUUUAAAACCAGACGUGGCAAAAACCAAAACAGAAUGAAGGUCAAGGACAGACCUAGAGGCAAGUCCGGUAAGGCCACAAGACAGUAA